AACUGAAAGUAGAAGUUGUAACAAUAAUCCGGGGCAGGGGCCGGCGCUGCUGUGUGUGUCUGGCCCCUUCAUGCUGCUGUGUAUAUAUUACACUCUCUGCUGCUGUCACCCUCCUGUAGUGUCUACUCUCCGAGUCCCUGCUCUGUGCUGUCACUGAGGAAUAAUAUGAAAUAAGAAUAUAUAUUAUGGGCAGCUGUUACUCUCCCCCCUCUGUCUCUCCUCUCCCCCCAGGUCUCUAACACAGGAUUCUCCUACUGGGAACGCAUAUAGUAAAUGCCUGUAUUCAUCAUUGUCUCCUGGACUCACUAGAAGCCAUCAGCUGGAAUCAUUAUACAGGGACACGGGCACAGGGAUCAGCACAUCGCUGGCAGGACCGGCGCCCCUUGGGAAUUCAUGCAGCCCAUGAGCCGGCCAGUGUUUUAUUGCCCACUAAUAAAGACCCCUGUUGCUGUUGCCCAGGUCCAGCCCUUGAACUAGGAUUACUAUGGCGCCACCUUAUCCCUUGGACUGGGAAGAUGAUGACCGGAUGUCAUUUUUGUUCUCUGCCUUCAAACAGACCAGGGAUGUGGACAGCGCUGAUUGGGACAGUAAAAUGGCUUUUUGGAUCCCCCUUAUUGUUGAACAUGCCAAGGAUCGCAGGCUGCUUACUGUCACCCUACGCCAGCUGCAGACGGAUUUCACCCGCAAGGGCUGCACCGCCCUGGGCUUGGGAACAGUAAUGGAAGAAAUGCUCAGACGGGGUAUUCUGCAGAUUGAGUCAGAUUAUGUGUCUGGUAUUGCCAGCGGCUGGAUCUCGUGGGGCAUGAGGCAACUAGUCAUCAAACCUCUACGCUGGACUGUGGGGACAGUUCUGCGUUUGCAGAUCAACCCAGAUGAGGCGUUUCUGGUUCCUGACGUCAUUAAGGAGCAGGCAGCUCUGGUGCUACAGAAGUAUCAGUCCUCUCCUCUGAGCUCGGUCUCUUUACUGUCUGAGGACGAUGUUUAUGGGCUCUGCAAAGAGCUGAUUGCGAGUCCGUCUGCACUGAAGUUGGUCCUGCUACAGCUGCAAAGAGAAAAAAAGAUCUGUGUAUUGCAGAGAGAAGGAGAAAGGCUUGUGAAGUUUAUACAGGGAGGAACUGCUCAUGUGACUCCCAUCGGAGAUACUGAUCUGGGCGUCUAUGAGUUACGGAAGAGUGAGAAGCUGCUAUCGGAGAAAGUACAGAGUGUGUGCGAGGAAUCAGACAGACUGACGGAAGAGGCUAAAAAGUUUAACAGAGCUGGGAAUAAGCAGCAGGCACUGCGAUGUUUGCGACGCAGGAAGCUAUCGGAGCGACGGAUGACUGAACUGCAGAACAAGCUGGACACUGUGCAGAACACCCUGGAGAGAAUAUCAAUGGCCGAGACUGACCGUAAGGUAGUGUCUGCGUACCAGAUGGGGGUCUCUGCUUUGCGCUCCGCCCUCAAGGAUGUCAGUCUGGAGAAGACGGAGAGUUUAGUGGAACAGAUUCAGGAGUUCUGUGACCUCCAAGAUGACGUCAGCCAGACUCUGGCUGGAGCAGGAUCCGGUGAUCUUGAUGUGGACACAGAUGAGCUGGAGCGAGAGCUGAAUGAGAUUCUGCAGGAGGAAGAGGCAGACCUUCCAGAGGUUCCUACUGGCCCAUUGAUUACGUCCCCAUUUCGCUCUCCUAUUGGGCAGCGUGGUGAGGAUCUAAACAUAAGUGCGAUGGUGUCCGACCUUCCACAUGUCCCUGAAGGUCCCAUCUAUGGCUCGCCUAUGCGUCCUGCGGAGCAGCGUGUCCGAGAUGCUAAUCCACAGCCCUAUCGCUUCAUUCCCCAGUGACCCCGUGGGGGAAAUUCAAGAUCAUUUAAAAUUCUGACUUUUUCUAAAAGGGAUUGAGAUUCUUGUCUAUACAAGUGCUACUUGGUAAUAUAAUUCAGUCCUGCCCUGCACAGCAAGCAAACCUCUCUACCGUCAUUAUACCAGGCGGCUGACAGAUGGAAAUCACACUGGAUCUGGAUUUACUUGUGAAAGCGAAGAUGAAACCGAUGCACAGAGUAUGGCACUUAUCCCCACUGAGUUACCUGGCGUCUCCAGCAUAUAUCAUGAGCUUUCUCUUAUCUAUACACCUGUAUGGACAUUAUGAUUCCUGUAAGGAAUAAUCUGUUUCUGAUGAGAACAUAAUAUUUGCUUUGAAUAUCUGGCUUACCAGCGGUGGUAUCAUGGAACUAUUGUCAUAACCUUUGAAUGGGGAAUAAACGCAUCAUCCUGUGUUCUGCAAUAAACAAACAAACAUUACUAUAUUUCUAUAGUACCAACAUA